CCAAUCAGGCGAGCAGCCAGAGAGGAGGGGCGGCAUCCGGGAAUCUAGCGCGGCCUUGGCCUCUUGUUUCAGCCAGAACCGGGUUAGGGCGUCAGGUCCUGCUUCCCCCUCUCAGGGAGGCCUUGGUGAUUCCUCCACAGCCUCAGCCUCCAUCGCUCUGUGACCAGCGGGUUUUGGAUGAUUCUAGCUAAGACUUCGCGACACCCUCGAAACCCUGAAAUGGAACCCUUAACAUUCAGGGAUGUGGCCAUAGAAUUCUCUCCAGAAGAGUGGAAAUGCCUAGACCCUGCCCAACAGAAUCUGUAUAGAGAUGUGAUGUUGGAGAACUACAGAAACCUGGUCUCCCUGGCUGUGUGUUCUUAUUUCACCCAAGACUUUUUGCCAGUGCAGGGGAUAGAAGAUUCAUUCCACAAAUGUAUACUGAGAAGAUAUGAAAAAUGUGGGCAUGAGAAUUUACAAUUAAGGAAUGGCUGUAAAAGUAUGAAUGUGUGUAAAGUGCAGAAAGGAGGUUAUAAUGGAAUUAAUCAAUGCUUGCCAAAUACCCAGAGCAAAAUAUUUCAAUGUAAUGCAGGUGUCAAAGUUUUUAGUAAAUUUGCAAAUUCAAACAAAGACAAGACAAGACAUACUGGAGAGAAACACUUCAAAUGUAACCAAUACGGCAAGUCAUUUCAGAAGUUCUCAGACAUAACUCAACAUAAAGGAAUUCAUGCUGGAGAGAAACCCUACACAUGUGAAGAAUGUGGCAAAGACUUUGGAUGGUCCAUAGCUCUGAAUCAACACAAGAAAAUUCAUACUGGAGAGAAACCUUACAAAUGUGAAGAGUGUGGCAAAGCCUUUGGACGGUCCACAGCCCUGAAUCAACACAAGAAAAUUCAUACUGGAGAGAAACCUUACAAAUGUGAAGAGAGUGGCAAAGCCUUUAGUACCUCAAGAAACCUUGCUGCACAUAAGAGAAUUUACACUGGAGAGAAACCCUACACAUGUGAAGAUCCUGGCAGAGCCUUUGAAUGGUCCACAAACCUGAAUGAAUAUAAGAAAAUUCAUACUGGAGAUAAACCGUACAAAUACAAAGAAUGUGGGGAAGUGUUUAAACAGUCCUCACACCUGAAUACACAUGAGAAAAUUCAUACUAGAAAGAAACCCGUCAAAUGUAAGGAAUGUGGCAAAGUCAUUACCUCAUCCUCAAGCUUUGCUCAACAUAAGAGGAUACAUACAGGUGAGAAACCCUUCAAAUGUUUAGAAUGUGGUAAAGCCUUUAAUAGUUCCACAAUCCUUACUAAACAUAGGAGAAUUCAUACUGGAGAGAAACCCUACACAUGUGAAGAAUGCGGCAAAGCCUUUAGACAGUCUGCAAUCCUUUAUGUACAUAGGAGAAUUCAUACUGGAGAGAAACCCUACACAUGUGAAGAAUGUGGCAAAACCUUUAGACAGUCUGCAAACCUUUCUGCACAUAGGAGAAUUCAUACUGGAGAGAAACCUUACAAAUGUGAAGAGUGUGGCAAAGCCUUUGGACAGUACACAGACCUGAAUCGACAUAAGAACAUUCAUACUCGAGAGAAACCUUACAAAUGUGAAGAGUGUGGCCAACACUUUGCAUGGCGCACAGCCCUGAAUCGACACAAGAAAAUUCAUACUGGAGAGAAACCUUACAAAUGUGAAGAAAGUGGCAAAGCCUAUGCCCCACCAACAGACCUGAAUCAACACAAGAAAAUUCUUACUGGAGAGAAACCUUACAAAUGUGAAGAGUGUGGCAAAGCCUUUGGUCGGUCCACAGCCCUGAAUCAACACAAGAAAAUUCAUGCUGGAGAGAAACCUUACAAAUGUGAAGAGAGUGGCAAAGCCUUUAGUAGGUCAAGAAACCUUGCUGCACAUAAGAGAAUUUACACCAGAGAGAAACCCUACACAUGUGAAGGUCGUGGCAGAGCCUUCGGAUGGUCCACAAACCUGAAUGAAUAUAAGAAAAUUCAUACUGGAGAUAAACCGUACAAAUAUAAAGAAUGUGGGGAAGUGUUUAAACAGUCCUCACACCUGAAUACACAUGAGAAAAUUCAUACUAGAAAGAAACCCGUCAAAUGUAAGGAAUGUGGCAAAGUUAUUACCUCAUCCUCAAGCUUUGCUCAACAUAAGAGGAUACAUACAGGUGAGAAACCCUUUAAAUGUUUAGAAUGUGGUAAAGCCUUUAAUCGUUCCGCAGUCCUUACUAAACAUAGGAGAAUUCAUACUGGAGAGAAACCCUACACAUGUGAAGAAUGUGGCAAAGCCUUUAGACAGUCUGCAAUCCUUUAUGUACAUAGGAGAAUUCAUACUGGAGAGAAACCCUAUACAUGUGAAGAAUGCGGCAAAGCCUUUAGACAGUCUGCAAACCUUUCUGCACAUAGGAGAAUUCAUACUGGAGAGAAACCUUACAAAUGUGAAGAGUGUGGCAAAGCCUUUGGACAGUACACAGACCUGAAUCGACAUAAGAACAUUCAUACUCGAGAGAAACCUUACAAAUGUGAAGAGUGUGGCCAACACUUUGCAUGGCGCACAGCCCUGAAUCAACACAAGAAAAUUCAUACUGGAGAGAAACCUUACAAAUAUGAAGAAAGUGGCAAAGCCUUUAGUAGGUCAAGAAACCUUGCUGCACAUAAGAGAAUUUACACCGGAGAGAAACCCUACACAUGUGAAGAUCCUGGCAGAGCCUUCGGAUGGUCCACAAACCUGAAUGAAUAUAAGAAAAUUCAUACUGGAGAUAAACCCUACAAAUGUAAAGAAUGUGGGAAAGUGUUUAAACAGUCCUCACACCUGAAUAGACAUGAGAAAAUUCAUACUGGAAAGAAACCCUUCAAAUGUAAGGAAUAUGUCAAAGUCAUUACCUCAUCCUCAAGCUUUGCUCAACAUAAGAGGAUACAUACAGGUGAGAAACCCUUCAAAUGUUUAGAAUGUGGUAAAGCCUUUAAUCGUUCCACAAUCCUUACUAAACAUAGGAGAAUUCAUACUGGAGAGAAACCCUACACAUGUGAAGAAUGUGGCAAAGCCUUUAGACAGUCUGCAAUCCUUUAUGUACAUAGGAGAGUUCAUACUGGAGAGAAACCCUACACAUGUGAAGAAUGUGGCAAAGCCUUUAGUCAGUCUGCAAACCUUUCUGCACAUAGGAGAAUUCAUACUGGAGAGAAACCUUACAAAUGUGAAGUGUGUGGCAAAGCCUUUGGACGCUACACAGACCUGAAUCGACAUAAGAACAUUCAUACUCGAGAGAAACCUUACAAAUGUGAAGAGUGUGGCAAACACUUUGCAUGGCACACAGACCUGAAUCGACACAAGAAAAUUCAUACUGGAGAGAAACCUUACAAAUGUGAAGAGAGUGGCAAAGCCUUUAGUAGGUUAAGAAACCUUGCUGCAUAUAAGAGAAUUUACACCAGAGAGAAACCCUACACAUGUGAAGAUCCUGGCAGAGCCUUCGGAUGGUCCACAAACCUGAAUGAAUAUAAGAAAAUUCAUACUGGAGAUAAACUCUACAAAUGUAAAGAAUGUGGGAAAGUGUUUAAACAGUCCUCACACCUGAAUAGACAUGAGAAAAUUCAUACUGGAAAGAAACCCUUCAAAUGUAAGGAAUAUGUCAAAGUCAUUACCUCAUCCUCAAGCUUUGCUCAACAUAAGAGGAUUCAUACAGGUGAGAAACCCUUCAAAUGUUUAGAAUGUGGUAAAGCCUUUAAUCGUUCCACAAUCCUUACUAAACAUAGGAGAAUUCAUACUGGAGAGAAACCCUACACAUGUGAAGAAUGUGGCAAAGCCUUUAGGCAGUCCGCAAUCCUUUAUGUACAUAGGAGAAUUCAUACUGGAGAGAAACCCUACACAUGUGAAGAAUGUGGCAAAGCCUUUAGUCAGUCUGCAAACCUUUCUGCACAUAGGAGAAUUCAUACUGGAGAGAAACCUUACAAAUGUGAAGAGUGUGGCAAAGCCUUUGGACGCUACACAGACCUGAAUCGACAUAAGAACAUUCAUACUCGAGAGAAACCUUACAAAUGUGAAGAGUGUGGCAAACACUUUGCAUGGCGCACAGACCUGAAUCGACACAAGAAAAUUCAUACUGGAGAGAAACCUUACAAAUGUGAAGAGAGUGGCAAAGCCUUUAGUAGCUCAAGAAACCUUGCUGCACAUAAGAGAAUUUACACUGGACAGAAACCCUACACAUGUGAAAAUCGUGGCAGAGCCUUCAGAUGGUCCACAAACCUGAAUGAAUAUAAGAAAAUUCAUACUGGAGAUAAACCCUACAAAUGUAAAGAACGGGGGGAAGUGUUUAAACAGUCCUCACACCUGAAUAGACAAGAGAAAAUUCACACUGGAAAGAAACCCUACAAAUGUAAGGAAUGUGACAAAGUCAUUACCUCAUCCUCAAGCUUUGCUAAACAUAAGAGAAUACAUACAGGUGAGAAACCCUUUAAAUGUUUAGAAUGUGGUAAAGCCUUUAAUAGUUCCACAGUCCUUACUAAACAUAGGAGAAUUCAUACUGGAGAGAAACCCUACACAUGUGAAGAAUGUGGCAAAGCCUUUAGACAGUCUGCAAUCCUUUAUGUACAUAGGAGAAUUCAUACUGGAGAGAAACCCUACACAUGUGAAGAAUGUGGCAAAACCUUUAGACAGUCUGCAAACCUAUAUGCACAUAGGAGAAUUCAUACUGGAGAGAAACCUUACAAAUGUGAAGAGUGUGGCAAAGCCUUUGGACGCUACACAGACCUGAAUCGACAUAAGAACAUUCAUACUCGAGAGAAACCUUAUAAAUGUGAAGAGUGUGGCAAACACCUUGCAUGGCACACAGACCUGAAUCAACACAACAAAACUUAUACUGGGGAGAAACCUUCCAAAUGUGAAGAGUGUGGCAAAGCCUAUGCCCUAUCAACAGACCUGAAUCAACACAAGAAAAUUCUUACUGGAGAGAAACAUUACAAAUGUGAAGAAUGUGGCAAAGCCUUUGGACGGUCCACAGCCCUGAAUCAACACAAGAAAAUUCAUACUGGAGAGAAACCUUACAAAUAUGAAGAAGGUGACAAAGCCUUUAGUAGGUCAAGAAACCUUGCUGCACAUAAGAGAAUUUACACCAGAGAGAAACCCUACACAUGUGAAGAUCGUGGCAGAGCCUUCAGAUGGUCCACAAACGUGAAUGAAUAUAAAAAAAUUCAUACUGGAGAUAAACCCUACAAAUGUAAAGAACGGGGGGAAGUGUUUAAACAGUCCUCACACCUGAAUAGACAAGAGAAAAUUCACACUAGGAAGAAACCCUACAAGUGUGAGGAAUGUGGCAAAGUCAUUACCUCAUCCUCAAGCUUUGCUAAACAUAAGAGGAUACAUACAGGUGAGAAACCCUUUAAAUGUUUAGAAUGUGGUAAAGCCUUUAAUAGUUCCACAGUCCUUACUAAACAUAGGAGAAUUCAUACUGGAGAGAAACCCUACACAUGUGAAGAAUGUGGCAAAGCCUUUAGACAGUCUGCAAUCCUUUAUGUACAUAGGAGAAUUCAUACUGGAGAGAAACCCUACACAUGUGAAGAAUGUGGCAAAACCUUUAGACAGUCUGCAAAUCUUUAUGCACAUAAGAAAAUUCAUACUGGAGAUAAAACUAUACAAGUGUAAAGGAUAUGGCAAAGCCUUUAAGCUGUACUCCAGCUUUCUUAAACAUCAGAGAACUCAUACCAGGGGAAUGUCUUAUGAAGGUCGCAGUCUUUAAAUACUCCUCUAUCCUUUCUAAUUUUAAGAUAAUUCAUGAUGGAGAGAAACUCUACAAAUAUGAAAAAUGUGAGAAAGUUUUUAACCACAGCUCAAUCUGUUGUAAACAGUAAGUAAUUAUAUUGAUGAGAAGCCAAAUUAACAUUUAAAAUGUGACAAAGACUUCAAAUUCUUGUCACUUCCUAGUGUAAUUCCUACUGAAGAACACAUCUAGAUACACAAAAAAUGUGGCAGAACUUUUAACCAAUGCUUAAUAUCUUUGCAGAUGAUAGUAUUUAUAUGUGAGGAUACUUGUACAAAUAUAAAAAUAUACAAAAGCUAUUAAUGUCUACUCUAAAUUUAUAGUUAAUAAAAGUAUUAUGUAAUUUCUGUUGAAAGACCUUUUAUAAAAUACAGGCUAUUAAAGUUAAGAAGAGUAGUCUUUUUUUUUUUU